AUGUGGGUAGAGGAAGUCUCAAAAAGCGAAGGCCGAGCUGUAGGUCACGUGACCUGCACCGAGUUGGUGGCUGACUGGGCUUUUUCCUUUAUCAAAGCAGAUCAGCUCGCCGCCUUCUUGUUAUCAAAAAGUCGGAGCGAGAUCCGCCCAAGAACGACCAGUCCUGUGGUGGUACGGAAGGCACGGACUCCGCGAACGUCCCGCGCCCCCAAGACUAAUAAAGGAAAGAAAGCCUCAACCAGAACCACAUUCCUUUUGCAUGCGGAUUUAGCUAAGUGUCUGACUGGUCAUAGUUCCCUGCUGUUGCGGCCAGUGCUCGUUUGCGCGCAACCCAACAAACAAGUAAAGGAUGCCUCUCGGGGCAUCUGA